GAAAGCAACACGAGCAUGGGAAUCUGCGUCUCCACCACCAAGGCCGGCGGCUCCGGCGGCGGCGGGGGGGCGCCGGAGGAGGCCGCGGCUCGGCAGGGAUCGGCGCGCCGGCGGGGGCGGGAUCGGGAGGGGGCGAAUCGGGAGCCGAAGGACGAUCGGCAGCCGGCGAAGGGCUACAGGAGGAAGCCGGGCGGCGGGGCGGUGCCCUGCGGGAAGCGCACGGACUUCGGGUACGCCAAGGACUUCGAGGAGCGGUACGCGCUGGGGAAGCUGCUCGGGCACGGGCAGUUCGGUUACACGUACGUCGCGGUCGACAAGGCCAAUGGCGAUCGAGUCGCGGUUAAGCGGAUUCAGAAGAGCAAGAUGGUUCUUCCCAUCGCGGUUGAAGAUGUCAAACGGGAGGUCAAGAUUUUGAGAGCCUUAACAGGCCAUGAGAAUGUCGUUCAGUUCUAUGACGCAUUUGAGGACGACUCUUAUGUUUACAUAGCCAUGGAAUACUGUGAAGGCGGUGAGUUGCUGGACAGGAUACUAGCCAAGAAGGAUAGCCGCUACACUGAGAAAGAUGCAGCCGUUGUUGUGAGGCAGAUGCUCAAGGUAGCAGCAGAGUGUCAUUUGCAUGGCUUGGUGCACCGUGACAUGAAGCCAGAGAAUUUUCUCUUUAAAUCAACCAAAGAGGAUUCUCCCCUGAAGGCUACAGAUUUUGGCUUGUCAGACUUCAUAAAACCUGGGAAAAGGUUUCCAGAUAUCGUUGGCAGUGCCUACUAUGUCGCUCCUGAAGUUUUGAAACGCAAGUCAGGCCCAGAGUCAGAUGUAUGGAGUAUUGGUGUUAUUACCUAUAUUCUACUUUGCGGGAGGCGUCCUUUCUGGGAUAAAACUGAAGAUGGCAUUUUCAAGGAGGUUCUAAAGAAGAAACCUGAUUUUCAUCGCAAACCAUGGCCAACAAUAAGCAACAGUGCUAAAGAUUUUGUGAAGAAGCUACUAGUGAAAGAUCCCAGGGCAAGACUUACUGCUGCUCAAGCCCUCUCGCAUCGAUGGGUCAGAGAAGGAGGAAGUGCAUCAGAUAUCCCUAUUGAUAUAUCUGUUUUGAACAAUAUGAGGCAAUUUGUGAAGUACGGUCGACUGAAACAAUUUGCUUUACGGGCACUGGCAAGCACCCUUGAUGAAGAGGAACUUGCUGACCUCAAGGAUCAAUUUGCUGCAAUUGAUGUAGAUAAAAAUGGUUCUAUUAGUCUUGAAGAAAUGAGAGAGGCCCUUGCUCAGGAUCUUCCCUGGAAGAUGAAGGAUUCACGUGUCUUAGAGAUUCUUCAAGCGAUCGAUAGCAACACAGAUGGGCUAGUGGAUUUUACUGAGUUUGUUGCAGCAACUCUUCAUGUGCAUCAAAUGGAGGAACAUGAUUCGGAGAAGUGGCAGCUGAGGUCACAGGCCGCUUUUGAGAAAUUUGACAUUGAUCGAGAUGGUUAUAUAACCCCAGAAGAACUUAGACUGCAGACAGGUUUGAAAGGCUCCCUCGAUCCUCUACUAGAAGAAGCCGACAUCGACAAAGAUGGGAAAAUAAGUUUGUCGGAGUUCAGAAGGCUGUUAAGAACUGCAAGCAUGGGCUCUCGAAACUUGCCGAGCCCAUCUGGUUAUCGGACUUCAAGGAAGCUAUAGAUCCAUUCUGGAGCUUUUGGGUUUUAAAAAGAGAAAAAAGGGGAGCACGAGAUGUGUUAUGCAUAUUGGUUACUCUAGAUAUAACGAACCAAUCCUGAUGAUCGCCUCCGUGCUUCGCUCCAUUGCCAGUGGAAAGCCCUGUACAAAAGUUAGAUACUGAGUCGAGGGAUUUCGCACGGCACCCCGAGUUAGCCAAGAAGUGUCUGGAGAUGAAGGUUUGGAGAGAUUGCUGGCUGUGGUCGAUAACUCGGUAAGAGGGAAGGGCUAUCCGGGUGUAAGUCUUGUAACGAGUGUGGGAUGUGUAGGCUGUGACUGUAUAUUAGACGCCCUCGAAGCAGAGGGCCUAUUCAUUUACAGAAUGCGUUUCGACCGAAAAAAAAAAAAUUACAGAAUGUGCAAUGCUUUUUACUCGUA